AUGGAAAAAUUUUCAUUAAUUUUAAUUCUGCCUCUUCAUGUCCUUGCAUUUUUUUUCAUUUCUCUUACCCUUUCUUCAUUUUCUCCUAUUCCUUCAUUUUCUUUUCUUUCUUGCCACCUUUUCCUUCUGACUUUCCUUAUUUUUCUUCAUGUCCUUCUUUCUUUAUUUCUCUUACCCUUUCUUCAUUUUCCUCCUAUUCCUUCAUUUUUCUUUUACACUCUUUUUCUUGCCUCCUUUUUCCUUCUUUCCUUAUGCCUCUUCAUGUCCUUGGUUUUUUUUUUCUCUUACCCUUUCUUCAUUUCCUCCUAUUCCUUCAGUUUUCUUUACACUCUUUCUUGCCUCCUUUUCCCUUCUUUUUUUCCUUAUGCCUCUUCAUGUCCUUGUUUCUUUAUUUCUCUUCCCUUUCUUCAUUUUCCUCCUAUUCCUUCUUUUUCUUUACACUCUUUCUUGCCUCCUUUUCCCUUCUUUCCUUUGCCUCUUCAUGUCCUUGUUUCUUUAUUUCUCUUACCCUUUCUUCAUUUUUCCUCCUAUUCCUUCAAUUUUCUUUACCUCUUUCUUGCCUCCUUUUUUCCCUUCUUUCCUUAUUUUUUUCUUCAUGUCCUUGGUUUCUUUAUUUCUCUUACCCUUUCUUCAUUUUUCCUCCUAUUCCUUCAAUUUUCUUUACACUCUUUCUUUUUAAAUUUUUCCCUUCUUUCCUUAUUUUCUUCAUGUCCUUGGUUUCUUUAUUUCUCUUACCCUUUCUUCAUUUUCCUCCUAUUCCUUCAAUUUUCUUUACACUCUUUCUUGCCUCCUUUUUCCCUUCUUUUCCUUAUGCCUCUUCAUGUCCUUGUUUUCUUUUUUUUCUCUUACCCUUUCUUCAUUUUCCUCCUAUUCCUUCAUUUUCUUUACUUUUCAAACAAAAGAAACUCAUUUUUUUUUUUCCCUUGUUUCCUUCAUAAAAAAUCCUUGGGCUUUUAUUUCUUUAAUUUCAUUUUCCUCCCUAAUCCUUCAUUUUUCUUUUUUCUUAAAAUCUUUUCUCCUUUCCUUCCUUACUUUCUUUAUAAAAAAAAUUUCCUUUGUUUCUUUAUUUCUCUUACCCUUUCUUCAUUUUUCUCCUAUUCCUUCAUUUUCUUUUCAAACUUUUGCCUCCCUUUUUUUCUUCAUCUGCUUAAACCUUAA